UUAAUCCAGGAACAGCAGCCACGGAGAUAAAUGAGGCGACAGACCUAGACUGUGGAUUUGGAUUUGCGCACGAUGGAGGAGGUGUUUUUUAAAUCGGCGUUACCUGCGCAGGACUCGUUCGUGCUGGAUGACAGCAGUCUGGCUCUGCCGGCCGAGCUGACUCCGAGAUCCUCGACAAAAGUGAAUUCAAACGACCGGAGUCUCCGUGUUCACCAGCAGGUUCAGCUCACUCUGGCACGGAAGGCGAGGAAGUCUGUGUCAAAUGGCAGUGUCCAUUUACUGAAAAACACUGGAAGGAGCUUUGAUGCGACGGAUGGACUUUUACCAAACAUGAAGGUAAAUGGAUUCGGCCUCACUAACCAUUCAUAUUCAACCAGCCAUGUGCGGAGACCCUCCAGGAGGGUGGAAGUGUCUCCACCACCGAGCCCAGAGUUACCUCGAAGUCGCUUCAAUUAUAACACCCUGCGUUAUGGGACGUACACCCACCCAGGACCCUUUCAGUCACACAGGGCGGGCCCUCUGCUGGACCACUCGCUCGAUUUGGAUUCAUUUGGACGCUACGCCUUCUCAGACGCACCCCGCUUCACACGCCCGCUUGCAUCCACAUCUGCACACGGGACGUCCCGGCAGAGGUCGUUCAAACAGACAGCAGGAUCGCAGCCUGUGUUUGCAAAUGCAGCGUUUAAGCAAAGCGGUGAAUACGGCUCUCGCUGGAACCGCGACCAAACUAUUGUCAGGCAGGAGAGAGCCUCUAUGCAGUCACAAAGUGCUGAUGUGAUGCUUGGUGCUAACCAGCCUGAUGAGGGCUUGUCCUGGUUGGCGCGGGUCAGGAGGGAGGGUCAGGGGCUACGCAGACUGAACUCAUACCCGCCCUCGGUCACCAGCAUGGAGGUGGACAUGGGGCAGAUGGAAGUAGAACUCCCCAUUCAGGCGGUACAAGCACAGACCGUCAUGGCGCUGAUGCCAGAAAACAAGCCUCCAGAGAUGACGUUAGAGAGGGCCGUGAACCUGUUGUCCCAGGAAAAUGAGGAAACGCUAAUCAGUGCAGCCACCUACAUACAGAAUCAAUGUUUUAAGAGUGCCGAGGCUAAAAAGAUGAUGUACUACCUCAGUGGGAUUAGAAAGCUCCUGCAGCUCCUGGACAACGACGACGAGGAGGUGCAGUGUGCCGUCGCUGGGGCUCUGCGUAACGUUGUUUACCAGAGCAGCGAGAACAAGAUGGAGGUGAAGGAAAAUGACGGCCUGGCUACCGUUUUGCACACACUGAAGAGCAGCCGUGACGUAGAAACCAUACGGCAACUUACUGGUCUGUUGUGGAACCUUUCCUCUCAUGACCUUUUGAAGGAGCGUCUCUCCAAAGAAGCCUUGUCAGUCCUCACCCACUCGGUUCUGGUUCCCAGUUCCGGCAUCUCUGAAGGCGAGAACCCAAAAGACGAGCUGCUCGCCGAUGCUGAUGCUUUCCACAAUGCUACCGGCUGCCUGAGGAAUCUGAGCUCUUCUGGUCCAGAUGGCAGGAAAGCAAUGAGGGAGUGUGAGAAUUUUAUCGACUCUCUGGUCUACUACAUCCGGGGAGCCGUGGCUGACUAUAAGACGGAUGACAAGUCCACAGAGAACUGCGUUUGCAUCUUGCACAACCUGUCCUAUCAGAUCGAGGCAGAGCUUCCUCAGAAGUACACCAUAGAUCUCCGAGAAUCUCGACAAAACUUGGCUCCCAAGCAGAAGGCUGUCGGCUGCUUCGCUUAUCGCAGCGCCAAGAUCACAGAGGAUCUGGAGCGACAGUGCCCCCUGCUGGAGGAGAAGGCCAACCCCCGGGGCAUAGAGUGGUUGUGGAGCGCCAUCACCAUCCGGAUGUACCUGUCGCUGAUGGCCCGCAGUGUGCGUCACUACACACAGGAAGCUGCUGUCGGAGCCCUGCAGAACAUCACAGCCGGGAACGGAGCGGUGACUGAAGCCAUCGCCUUCACUAUCGUUCAGCGGGAAAAUGGCCUCCAGCACAUCAAGAAGAUGUUAGAGGAGGGGGAGAGUAAUGUGAAGAGGACGGCCGUUUCUCUAAUAAGAAACCUGUCACGCUACCAGGAGCUGCACCCUGACAUUGUGAAGCAGGUGUUGCCGGAGGUGUUGUGGAUGCUCCCUCACGACGACACCGGCACCGACCUGCCCACCGAGGUGACGGCUACUCUGUGUUACACCCUGAUUAACCUGAGUCAGAGCGACGUGCAGAACGUCCGAGCCAUCGUCAACCACGGAGCGCUCCCAAAGAUCAUCAACAUCAGCAGCAAGGACAACGGUUUUGGACCAACCAGAGCAGGUCAGGCAGCAAGCCUCCUCCUGCACAUCAUGUGGAAGCACAGUGACCUCCAUGGCGCCUACAGGAAGUGUGGGUACAGAAAAACUGAUUUCAUUAACACAAGGACAACAAAGGCUGUGAACUCUGGAAGAGACUGAGCCAAAGAUCUAUAAAUACCAAGCUGCACCUGUUAACAACAACAAUCACUUGAUGCACUGUUCCUCCUGUAAUGCACCACCUGUGUGUUUUUCAAUGCUGCAGACAGAAUAUUGUGAAUUAUGCCUACAUUUCCCUUAAAGGUCCCAUUUAAUAACUUUUUGUUAGUGCUAUUGUUAGUGUUAGUUACUGCAACUUAAGGACAAGCAGGCCAUAGUGAUAAUAUGACAAAGAAAAAGAGCAUAAUGGUAUAUUAAAAAUAAUAUAAUACACAGAACAAUAAACCAGCUUACACAAGAAUCACAUCACACAACUAAAAAAACUAACAGAUAAGUGUGAAACUUUUUUCUUAAACAACUGAAUGUCUUUCAAGCAUAAAUGCUGAGUUAAUUAUAAAGUAUUUCUCUAUGUUUGUGUAGUUUUUUACUGUAGCGGCAGCUCCACUGUUUUGUGUGUUUUGUUUAUUUUAGCACUUCAGGCGACGUAGUAAUUAAAGAACCACAAUGAAAAUAUUCACACUUAAAAAGAAGUCAAAUUAACAGCAUUAAUUUUGACAAACCAACAAACUGUUAUAUAUAUAAAUAUAUGUAUGUAAAAUGUAUUUUUAAAUAGAUCCUACUGUAACACACAACAACAACAAGCUGAUUUAUUGCUGUCUGACUAGAAUUGAAAUGAAUUGAAUCAAGUGUUUUGAAUGAAAAACAUAUUGUGUGUUCUGUUUCAUUUUUCUGGCACUAUGUACCCUAUUUUUGUAACUUCUUUCCCAAAGAUUGACGCCCAAAAACGUCUCGAACACAGCAAAUGAAAAUAAAAAAAGAAUGUACGGACAGGGGACAGGGUCCCUGCAGAUAC